UCGCACUUCGCCAGUGGUGCUGGGAGUCUCGCGGACGCGGAGCCGUUACACGCAGUUGGGCGGCGGCGGUGGCGGCGGCAUAGCGCUCAGCGCUCACAGCGCCUUAGCAGCAGCAGCAGCAGCAGCAGUAGUAGCAGAGGCGCCCCUGCGGUCACAGCCCCGGCGCAGGUGCAGCCACCCUUGUUCUCUCUGCUCUUCCUCCGUUCGCUCGCACCAUGGCUGAUCAGCUGACCGAAGAACAGAUUGCUGAAUUCAAGGAAGCUUUCUCCCUAUUUGACAAAGAUGGCGAUGGCACCAUCACAACAAAGGAACUUGGAACUGUCAUGAGGUCACUGGGUCAGAACCCAACAGAAGCCGAAUUGCAGGAUAUGAUCAACGAAGUGGAUGCUGAUGGUAAUGGCACCAUUGAUUUCCCAGAAUUUUUGACUAUGAUGGCGAGAAAAAUGAAAGAUACAGACAGUGAAGAAGAAAUCCGCGAGGCAUUCCGAGUCUUUGACAAGGAUGGCAAUGGCUACAUCAGUGCUGCAGAGCUGCGUCACGUCAUGACGAACUUAGGAGAAAAACUAACCGACGAAGAAGUAGAUGAAAUGAUCAGAGAAGCAGAUAUCGAUGGAGACGGACAAGUCAACUACGAAGAGUUCGUACAGAUGAUGACUGCAAAAUGAAGACCUACUUUCAACUCCUUUUCUCCCCCCUCUAGAAGAAUCAAAUUGAUCUUUUACUUACCUCUUGCAAAAAAAAAAAAAAAAUUCAUUUACUCAUUCUGUUUCUAUAUAGCAAAACUGAAUGUCAAGAGUACCUUCUGUCCACACACACACAAAAUCUGCAUGUAUCGAUUGGUGGUCCUGUCCCCUAAAGAUCAAGCUACAUCAGUUUUCCGAUAUAAAUACUUGUCCUACCUUAAUGAUAAGGAAGCACUUAGUGGACACCUGGCAGGUCCGUCCGCUCAUGGUUAAUACACUGUCCGGGCUGGCCAGUUUUUCAUGCAUGCAGCUUGACAGUUGAGCGCAGUCAGGCGUUUGUAUUAAAAAUGAAAAACAAAAAAACAAAUUCAAAGCCUAUUCAAAGGGGCUCUAGUUCAAUUUGUUACCAUAAAUCGUCAUAGCUGGUUUACUGAAAACAGACAUUGAAGAUUGGUUUACCUCAGGAUGCUGUGGAAGAGAAACUGUCCAGGCAUAGCCCCACUAGCAGGAUGGCCCUCUUGUAACUCCCCCGUGCCCCUACCUGUCAUGACCGGGACACACCCUGGUGGCAUGCCCACGUGUGUUGGUUUAGCCUUGUCUGCAUUGUGCUAGAGCGGAGUGGUGUCAGGCUAUCACCAUUCAUACAAAUUUUUAAAAACCUUUAUCAAGGGAGCAUCUUUGGACUCUCUGUUUUUAAAACCUUCCGAACCAUGACUUGGAGCCAGCAGAGUAGGCUGUGGCUGUGGACUUCAGCACAACCAUCAACAUUGCUGUUCAAGAAAUUACAAUUUACGUCCAUUCCAAGUUGUAAAUGCUAGUUUUUUUUUUUUUUUUCCAAUAAAAAGACCAUUAACUUAAA